UGAUUUCGCAUCUAUCGAAGUUCACACUGCAGAAUUCGCACAUUUCCUCAUUUUUGAUGACCAUGACUUACCAUAGUCUUGCAUCGUCCCUCACCCGACCGCCGACAACUCCCAUCACAGUCCAAGAAAUCUUCUCACCUGAACGACGUAUAUUGGCCUUUGUGCUUGAGAACGUGCUAUCCUCAGGUGAAUGCAACGCGUUGAUCCGACACAGCGAAGCCAGUGGCUACGAGCCAGCUUUGCUCAACGUUGGCUACGGCCGGCAAGUCCUUCGCCCAGACGUCCGGAACAACGACCGGUGCAUCAUAGACGACGUGGCGACGGCUUCCAUCGUUUGGGACCGCGUGCGGCCGCAUCUGCCGUCCACGUUUCAAGGCAAACCCGUCGUUGGCGUGAAUGAACGACUGCGGUUCCUUCGGUAUUACCCCGGCCAACAAUUCAAGCCGCACUGUGGCGGCUCGUAUCGCCGACCCGACGGAAGCGAGCAGUCGUACAUAACCAUUCAGAUCUACUUGAAUGGCGGCGACGACCUCGAAGGCGGCGACACGGUUAUUUUCGACCGCGACAACACGAUCAAGGUGCAUCCAGUUCCUGGACGUGUGCUUAUUUUUCAACACUACAACGUGGAGCACUCGGGAGCCCCUGUGAUCAAUGGAGUCAAGUACGCCAUCCGCUCGGACAUCAUGUGCUCCUUGAACAAGUAGGAUCGGCGAGGCUUAACUAUCACUCGCUUAUGCCAUGGUUCAUCAUCUCGUUCCAGGAUUUCGUCAUUUUGUAUCGCCAUCGGUCGCAAUGAUGGUACUGUAUCAUGCCUGGUUCGACACCAUCGCAAUCCA